GAAAAUAGUCGGUAUUUACCUUAUGGAAUAAAGUAACUGCAUUAAGCACAAGGCUGCAACUAUAUAACCUGAUUAAAAAUGAAGGGGUUUUAAAGGACUACGGUAUACAGGGGGAUGAAAUGGGAUGCCUCUUGUGCUACUCUCUGCAUCUUCAUAUCAGACACCUUCUGUCAUUUCUCUCAUGAGGAGCCAGACCUGACCUGUCGCAGGAUGGAGGUGGCCCUCUCUGGCCCCCGAAAACUGCCGGAGCCCCUCAGGAGGGGGACCCCUCUGCCUCUGAGCCAGCUGGUGGAGGAGAGCAGGAACACAGCAAACGCUCCCAAUCAUCUUCUCGAAUCAAAAAUCUAUGCCAAGCUGAAAAGCAACAGCUUGAUCCAAGCAGACCCCCCAGAGCUCCACUUCAGUGGGUUUGAGAUGGGGAAGCAUUAUGUAAAGAUCCUGAAACUAAUCAACAUCUCAUCUGAAGUCAUGAAUAUUCAUAUCAUUCCCACUCAAACCAAGCACUUCCAAACUACUUACACUAAAAAGUAUCGACUCAUCCCGGGCCUCGCCUACACACUGAAGGUCAGGCUGUGUCCCGACGAGUGGCGCUACUUCUAUGACUGCAUUCGGGUUCACUGCAAGGGGGAGGAGAACCUGUUAAUUCCAGUUCAUGCUUACCCUGUCAUGGAUGACCUGCGCAUCCCUCCUCACAUUGACCUGUCAGCCGUGCCACUUGGAAACAGUGUUUGCCAGGCUAUCCCUCUGAGAUGCAGCUGCCCCAUCGACUUUGAUUUCCAGGUUCAUGUUCUCCAGCCCCAUGAGGCCUUCUGCAUCCAGCCCCUUACAGGUGUGAUACCUGCCAACGGUGAAGAGAAUAUCAUGGUGACCUUCAGUCCUCUCCAGUAUGAGACAUGCCAGGUCACCUUCCAGCUGAUCAUCUCGCAGUUCAACAGCAGACCCUUCCUCUGCACCAUCAGUGGCAGCUGCACCCCUCACUUGGUCCUCAGUGAGCUGGGAAAAAAGGCGGGUCAUGGAGAUGCAGUUCGAUUCACGGGACCUUCACCUGUCACUCAAGUGCCCCGCCAAAAUAAAACCAAAUACAGGUCAACUAAGGAGCCUGACAAAUCAAAGACACUGAGAGAUCAAGCGAGUGUUAAGGCUGGACUGAAGCCUUCGGUAGAUGUCUGCUCUCCUGCAGGCGUGGCAAAGAUGCUGAUCAAAGACACAGAUAAGCUCAGCUCUAAAGACCUGAAGGAAGCCCUAUCGUGUGGCAGCAUGGCUGGUGUGCAGAACAGACAGAUGAAGGAAGCUCUCUUCAGGAAAAAGGUUCAGCAAAACGUGAAGGAGGAGCAGGCCAACCACCUCCGAUGGCAAGUUCAUGUUGGUAAGGACCCGGUGUCGGAGCUCAGCAGGCGGCAGAUAGCGGAGGAGAGAGAGAUGGCACUGCAUGAAUACAUGGUGAACAGAGGAGAUGUGAGGCAGGAGGAAGACUUCGCUGCUGGGCCACCUGUACUCUCCUCCAGACGGGUGCUGAGUGAAGCCGGACAGGCCUGCGAGGGAGCCCCGUCCUUCCAGUUCUUCUGCAGCUUCCAGUGGGAGCUGAGACGCCGAGCCCUCAGUCUGUUCCAGCAGGCAGCCCGCAAGACCGUGAUUCGCUGCCGCAUGGACCGGAGACUGACCUGUUUGAAGAAGCUCUCCCAAACCAUGAAGAAGUCGCCCCUGGCAAAGAAAGUUGAGGAGGACAGGACCUUUGAUCUGAAGAUCUCACCUGACAGGAUCUUCCCGUUUUCUUUCCCUGUGUUCUCUGCCGACCCGCUGGCUCGCAGUAAUCUGGUCGAAGUGCCCGUGGAUCCCGUCGACGUGACCGUGACAACACACAUCCCUUUCUUCAAGCUCCAAGUUCCACAGCACUAUAAGCUAAUGGGCUACCAACCCGUGUCAGCCUGGGAGGCGUUCAACUCGUACAUCCCAACGACUCUGGCCAGACCGCUUCGCACUGGAGCUGCGGAAGUGCCGGUGCCAAGUGAGGCUGGAGCUGAAUGUCCCUCAGCAGUGGAGGCAUGGGGGGAUCAGCAGGAGGAGGAUGCUGUUCUUUCCUUCAGCGCCCCUGAAGCUCUGCACGCACCGUUUCCAGCUAACCCACUCAGAAUCUUUAACCCAGCUCCAGGCCUGCAGGCGUUCAAACCGACCCCCAAGUAUCUGGAGACUGACCUGGAGUUCCACCUCUGCCCUCUGCCCAGGUACUCCACCCCUGAGAGCAGCAUGUGUGGCAGAGGGACGCAGACCCCACACACUCCGGGGCAGAGUCUGGACUGCAAGGAAGUGAUCUCUGGGCUCAUGACAUGGAAGGACUUCCAUUCGAUCACCUCAAAGUUUCUGUCCAGCCAGCCUUCUCCCAGCUGUGACUUCUCCCUGCACAGGGGAAAUGUGUGUGUCCUCUGUAGGACUGUGGACUACAGCACAGAUACACUUCCCCUCACAGCACCUCCUCCUCUGCGCGGGCCUGCUGAUCAACUGCCACCGCUAAUGGACCCGCCGUGCGAAGGCGUCCAGCUAACACCCGAGAUAGUCAGAGCGCAGUUCUUGUCGGGGGAAGCUGUGGUCUCCAAUAGCAACCUUAGAAAAGACACAGCAGUCAGGCACCAGAGGGAGCGUCAGACGGAGGCGACCCACAGGGCUCAGUUCAACCGGAUGGGAGGAAGAGUGAUGAGCCGGCUGAAGCAACUCGAAGUCACUGAAACACCUUCACUGUGAAUAGGCUUUCCAAUAGAAUCACCUCCGAAUACAUGCUCUCUGUAACUACACACAAUCACAUGUCCAUCCUACUCACCUAUAGGAGACUUUCCCCUGCCACUUCAGUUAAAUAAAACCUGGUUACUCUCACCCACGCUUAAACCUCUCUCCCACCUACUCAACAUUUCCAGUACGCUCUCCUCCUGUGCUCCUACAAAGCCUGGGAAUUCGUUAUCCCUACACCCACACACAUCCAUAUAUAAGCACAGCAACAGUAUAUCUAACGAGCUGCAUCCCAAUUCAGUCAAAAAUAUGCGUU